GUGUUAAAGAGGCGUCGGUGGCGGACGCAGUGGUGACGACGAACUCUUCGACAAGUGAGAAGAAACGAGCGCACGAGGGUGGUGCGGUUACAAAGAAGGGGGUGCGAAUCGAGAUUAGGAGGAGGAGGAGGAGGAGGAGGAGGAAGAACGAAGCGUACACCGACGCCCGAACGAUCUUCUUACGAACGAACGAUCGACUGAAAUACAUCAUUUAUUCUUCAUUACUUAUUUCCGCUUUCUCAAUCCCGCUGUUUAUCCCCUUUCCCCGUCCCCGUCCCCUUCCCACGACUUCCCGCACGCAUUAUCUCUCACUAUCUCACCGUCAUAUUUUCGACGACGAACAAACGAACAAACUGAACGAAUAAACCGAUCCCUCGAGCUAUGGCAGCGACCGCCAUGGACCCGGUCGACAUUGCGAAUAUACUCGCGCAGGAGUUGCUUUAUCAGCAGCUGGUAUCUCUGGACGGGUUGCACAGUGGAGUGCCGACCAGGACGACGCCGACGCUGACGCCGACCACCCUCCGUAGCAUCGAGCAAACGUUCCUGGAGCUGACGAGCGAGUCGGCGUCGCACAGUCGCGAGGCCGGCUUUGUACCACCGCUGGUUGAACCGUCGCAGCCGACCCCGGCACAAACGCAAAACACAACGGCGGUACAUCUCCCGGCACCGACGACCACCCUCGUCGAGACCCAGCAGCAAACACAGCCGCAGCAGCACCAACAACAGCAUCAACAACAGCAGCAGCCAGUUAGACGCAACAUGGGUGGCAGGCGGCCCACCAGAACGAUCGGGAUGACCCCCGAAGAGGAGGAGAGGCGACAGAUCCGACGCGAAAGGAACAAGAUGGCAGCGGCGAGAUGCCGCAAGCGAAGAAUGGAUCACACCAAUGCCCUACUCGAAGAAACCGAGGGCUUGGAACAGAAAAAACAGAGCUUGCAGGAGGAGAUCGACCAGCUGAAGCAGGUCAAAGAGGAACUGGAAUUUAUUUUGGAUGCCCACAGGCAGGUCUGUCGUCGUUCGCUACGCCCCUCGUCCCCGCUAGAUAUAAAACCCGUGAUAAAGAACGAUCUCCCGGUCGAGGAUCAAUUUGCCGCCGAUUCUGUGAAAGGCGACGGUAACACGACGGUAACAGCCGCGGCAACGAGACCGAAUAGACCUAAUUCAUUACCGGUCGGAUUGGACAACAAUAACAGACUGAAUUCUCUGACGAUGUUCGUGGAGCCGAAAGAGAGACCGGACACCCUCGCUUUCAAGACGGUGGAGACACCAGCCUUCAUGAAGCCGACGAUGGAUAUAGCCGGUAUGCCGAUUACCACUCCGACCAGCGGCAUACCGUUUAACUUUGAGUCUCUAAUGGAAGGCGGUACCGGUCUCACGCCAGUCUCGACACCCCUGAUACCGUCGUGCUCGACGCAACAGAGAAAUAACCAUCUGUCCGCCGUGGAUCUCAGCUCCCCGGAUGCGAAUCCCCCGAAGCUCGUGAGCUUGUGACGCCACGAUGACAUGGUGGAGCACGGCUCCAACGAGGAAAACGAUCCCGAAUGAGAAACGGGAGUACCAUGACGCGAAGGAUUUUUACACGGGGGAGCAGAAGUAUUAUGCGCGUGCUCUUUACAACGAAAUUUUUGAUCGCUCUUAAAAGCUCUUUUCCGAUUUUGCUUAAUAAUAGUUGGCGUUUCUUCUCUUUACACGUAUCUCUCUUUCAAAAUCUCAAUACGAGUAUGUAGAAAAGAUUUGUGUUUAUAUUGUAAUGGCUGCGAAUGAUUUGAUUUUCAGUAUUUUCCUACUCGUAGACCAAUGACAAGACCAAUAAACAAAUAUUGUCAAUCUAACUUUUAAAAUGUAAUUUUGUGUACAUAUAAUAAAAUGAUAUUUUCUCGUUACAAAUUGUAAGCGAGAGAUAUGCUUGAAAAGAAAAAGCGACAGCUGUUUGCGCCUUGAAGAAAAUUGUCGCAGAUAUGAGCAAUAAUGUCUGCAUACAAGUGAUACAAGUAUAAUUUAACGUUUAAAAUAACGAAUUAGAAAUAAUGAAUGUAAGAUUUGUCAUUUUAUAAACGAUUCAACAAGUAAAAUUUUAUACUAUAAUUCUAUAUUGUAAAAAUAAAAAAUUUAAACAUAAGACAAAACAAGAUUAGCUCAAACCUCUAAGUACAUUAAGGAGUCUUAAGAGCUCUUGAAUUGCGCUUAAGAUUGAUCAACAACAGUUCGCAUAACUCAACAUUUAAUAUUAUAGAGCGGAUAAAUAAAAAAUAUACGAACGCGAGAAUUCCUAAAUUGUCUCCGACAUUUUUUUGUGACGUCAAAACUGAAAACUCGCUUUGUGCUAUCCGCAAUGGUAUAAAUUUUUGUAUGCGGCUGUCGUUUUUCCAGUCUCAUGCGACAUUAUAACAUUUAAUCCCUCCAUACAAUAUAAUAUAUACAUAUAUUUUAUGACGUAUGACAUUUUUGCAUGAUCUUAAGCAAUAUUAAUAUAUUUAUACGCGACUGCUAGCUAUGAUGCCUGGAAGCCGUGAAUUUCUGAUAGUCCAUUAGCGAUUUUUUGCUUCGGUUUAGCCCCAAGGUUAGCCCAAGCUCCUGAUUAGAGCUUUCCGUAUCAUAUUUGGUAGUCGCUAUUGAGAAUUGUAUAUGGAGAUUGUAACGCACCAAUGAUAAUGUUGCAAUAUAUUUUGAUUAGAUUGAGUCAAUAAAAUGAAGUGAAAUUGUA